AUGUAUUACUUGAAUUGCCUCAACUUUCUACCCACAUACAACGUAUUCAAGUGGCUUAACGAGCCAAGUUAUGUUUGGAAGAUAGUUUUCCUUUGUUGUUUGGCGAACUUCAUUAACGCAGCUGAUCGAGUUAUCAUGCCUAUUGUUAUAAUUCCCAUAUCGAAUCACUUUGGCUGGAAUCUUCACCAAUAUGGAUUAGUUCUGAGUUCGUUUUCUGUAGGCUAUCUUGGAAGUAUGAUUAUAGGUGAAAGAGCAGCAAGACGAUAUGGUGGAGGUCUGAUCCUUAGUUUUGCCAUCGCAUUCUGGUCAUUGUCAUCCCUCCUCACUCCAUUCUUUGCUCACUCUGUUCGCUCUCUGAUAACUGUGCGUAUACUACUUGGCUUAAGAGAAGGAAUAGGUCUUCCUACGGUAUUCCACAUAUUUUCUUAUGUUGUGCCUGUUGAAGAACGCAGUCGAUCUUUCAGUUAUAUGGUCACAUUUGGUGCUGUUGGUCAAACAGUAGCUACCUUGGUUUGCCCUCAUUUAAUUUGGUCUCAUUCGUUUUUCAUAUUUGGUUUUAUUGGUCUUGUGUGGAUUUGUUUCUGGAUCCCUGUCUUUAACGUUGUUAGAAGAGCUGAGUCACGAAUUGAGUUGCCUGCUCAACAAUCUCAGCCUUCCAAACCAUCUCUUCGUUGGACUGAAUUCGUUUCACACUGGCCAUUAUGGGCAAUUUACAUUGCUCAUUUCAGUAUGAACUGGUCAAAUUAUAUUGUAAUGCUAUGGUUACCGACCUACUUAGUCCGUUAUUUGGGAGCUACUGAAUAUGCCAUAAUGCUAACAGCUAUACCUUAUAUAUGUAAUUGUAUUGGGAGUGUUAUCGCCGGACGGCUAGCGAAUUACUUAACUAAACGGCAGUUCACUGUACUAACUGUUCGACGCUUAAUGUCAUCUAUUGGUCUUCUUGGUCCAGGUGUGGUACUUUUUUUGUUUUCCCUAUCAAGCAGUGUAACAUCAGCUAUUGUCCUGAUUUCUGUGUCUAUGACAUUUUCCGCCUUCAAUUCUGCUGGACAUUUAUGUAAUCAUGUAGAGGUUGCACCUAAUCAUGCAGGCACCACAUUUAUCAUAAGCAAUAUUUUGGCUACUAUACCUGGAAUAGUAUGUGGUCCACUGACUGCCGAAUUAGUUAUCACAUCUGGUGGAAGGUGGUUUCCUGUAUUCAUACUAGCUGGUUUUAUAAAUGUAGUUGGUGCUGUUGUGUACAUUAGCCAGAGUUCUACAACGCAAGUAUUGUAA